AUGUCACCUAUCAACCAUUUGUUAAAUAGUGACCAGGAGAUACCAUCUCCAACGAUGUCUAGUAACUCAGUCCAACGGUCUCCGAUGUCUAGUGAUGACGAGUUGUCGAGCUCGGGAGGCUCGGGUGAUAGCAGUAGAAGCUUAGUGCAGGAACCGUCGUCUUUGGGCAGCAGUGGUACAUUUCCAACGUCUCCAAGUGACACGUUGACAGACACAGAAGAGGAGGAGAGCCAUAGUUUGGUUUGUAAAUGGGAUUCAUGUGAUGUGGAGUUCACGCAUCCUGAGCUGCUGUACCAGCACUUGUGCCAGGACCAUGUAGGGCGUAAGUCGCAGAAGAAUUUGCAGUUGAACUGCCGGUGGGGUACUUGCAAGACUACUACGGUGAAGCGGGACCAUAUCACAUCUCAUUUGAGGGUUCACGUACCUCUGAAGCCGUUCAGUUGUUCAACGUGCACCCGGAGGUUCAAGAGACCGCAAGAUUUGAAAAAGCAUUUGAAAGUGCACAUGGAUGAUGCUGUCAAGGGAAAGAGGGGUCCUAAAGUUGGUUCUAAGAGGGUCAAGAAGCCCAAUAAUGGUCAAACUGGCGUUAACUCGUCGCUCGAUAUGAACGUGAGGACUUUGCCAUCGCUUUCCUUGGAAGGCUUUGUUCGUGAGAAAAUCGGCGAUUACUAUCCUUACUACUCCCAUCCAAGACUGCUCAACGAUUCUAUAUCUAGGAUAGUGCUGCCUCCUCCAACGACCAGCGUGACUAAUACGCCGGCUAAUAGACCGUUCAGCCCACUAAGCCAGACUAGAAAUGCAGUCACGUACUUUACUGCUUUGUCAAAUGAUAUGUCUAGACGGUCUCCGGCACAUCUUCCUCAACAAUAUCAUCAACAACAGCAACAGCAACAACAACAACAACAACAACAUCAUCAUCAUCAUCACCACCAGCAGCACCAGAUUGCACCCAGCCCUAUACAUAUGUCAAAUCCUCUACAAACGCAGGACAGAAACUUGAUGCAUCUUUCGGUAUCGGAGCUGCCUCCAUUGGGUACUGGUACGCACGCAACAAAUAGCGUAGGUGCUUUCUCCAACCUACAUAGCGGAUACUCUAGUCCUCCUAUUUUGGUUCCCCAACUGCCUGCUCUAAACAGGUUUUCUCAAGAUCAGCCUCUAUUUGCUGCUCGACAGACCUUCUCGUUGAACCAGAAGGCCUCCCUGGAGUCUUCUGACGCCACUAAUGACGAAGACGAGGAAUUUAUAAGCAAAUUGGAAGGCUUGUCACUCCUCAAUCGGAACGAUGACGACACACUGUUCGACGACCUACAGACGGUAAACAUAAUCAAAGACUAUCUAACCUGUCUCUUGUUAGAGGAAGAAUUGGACAAUGAGUUCCCUGAAGAACAGAAUGAAGAAAUUAUUGGUCUACCAUAUGAUGAGGGGUUACGGCCUAUUACUUUGCGCAAGUACCCUCAGGUCAAAGUUUAA